GAUGCCGCAUGGGGACUCACGCGGAAAAUUAAACGCCGGUUUUACGGAAUUUGCAACAACAGAGACGUUUGAGGACUCUCAGGAUGAAUUUAGAAAAAGUCAUACAUUUGGAUUUGGGCGUGAUGUCUGCAGUGCUUCAGACAUGCUUCAUAGCAGCUUGGAACCUUCCAUUCUAUCUAUUUUUGAGGAAUCAUCUGCUGCAGAGACCAAGAUUCAGGUCGAUGAGGAAAGCGAGGCUACAUUGCUGUCCGCUCUUUCAGAGAUGCUGGACAGUGUGAUCGAGGAGACGCUGUCCCCCUUUGAUACACUGCCCGACUCUGAACUCUUCGUGGGGUCAAGUAGUCAAGACUCUAAGUUAAAAAUAUUGCAUAGUUUGGCCGUUUCUCCAUCUGACAGAGAACCAUCUCCUCGAAGAUCCCAACGGUCCCCACUUACAAAUACAAAGGUAGAGGUUUUGCAUUCGGACCGGCAGUUAAGGCCGAGGCUCCAUCGCAGAACCCAGACUGCAAUCAUUCAGAGAAGCGAUGGUGAGGAGGAGGACCUUAGUGAAACCAGGAGACGUCCUCUGAGAAUCUUCCGGAUCGAAUCUGACCCAGCACUGUGCCAGGAGGAGCAACAGGAUGGAUUUGUACCUAUGCUGCUGGUAGAUCUGAUCAAGCACAUGCACCCAUACAGCCUAAAAGUUGCUCUGGAGAAGGAGAGUCUGACGGCAGUUCAUAAGCUUGAAGAGGAGGAUGUGUUUGUGGAUGUUGAAGGUGAUGAUGACAUGGGGGAGAGUGUUGCUAGUGUUGGUGCUAACUCACUGUGUGAUCCCGACUCUUCUUUUGGAACCGAUGGAAGCUUAAGGAAAGACGAACCAUCUUGUGAUCAACAGAAUAAAGGAGAUAAAGAUGCCACAGUCAUGACCAGUUCUGUGAGGGUAAAGAAGCAGGUAACCUUUGCCACCAACUUAGCCACAGUCUAUGAGUACCAGCCUGAUUUUGAUGAUGAACCCUGUAAAGACCUGCCAGAAACCCAAUUUUCAGAAACAUCAAAAAGAUCAGACUGUGAUUUAGCUUCACCUGAGUACAUUGAGGCUCCAAGGACAGAUCCUUCCCGAGACGGCAAUGCAAAAUCCAAAACUCUCAGCCUGCAGGAGUACCGUCUGCUCAGACAGAAGACGACACCAAAGGAAGAAGGAAGGCUUGACCACAGGACCAAAUGGCCUUCGAUCCCCAAGCCUCCUAAAGAGCUUCCUCCCAUCCAGUUUAAUCCAGGUUACACCCCAGCUCAGGUUAACUCUCAAACCUCAUCUGCUAGUACCAAGACCUUGACUCCACAUGCUGCGAGCAAGCCUAGAAGAAACCUAUUUUUGAAAAUAAAAUCCCCUGUAAAACAAAUAAAGCCUGUGCAAAGUAGUGACCCUCCAAACCCGGUCACUGUGCCCCUUAAACCACUUUUAUGCCCCGUGCAGCAGGACAUUAGUAAUUCCCAAACUGUUAGUUCUAAUAAAGAGCCGAAUUCUGCCACCCAAGUACAGCAGGUAUCUGAUUCAGGUGAAGAUCUCUUAGUUAAACAGGCAAAUUGUUCCCCGACCAUCUCUGGAACUAUUACGAGCACCCUCUCUGCACCAUCCACACCCUUGAAGAGUAAACCAGUGCAGGUGUCGGAAAUAAGCCUCCCUUCCACACAGAUACCGUCCGCUAACAUGGAACAGGGUGGUGCAGAAGAGCAAAAGCAGCAAGCUACAGGAGAAAUAGGAAUAGAGGCUACUGAUGUUACCAGUCUUCUGGAGCAAUUUGAGACACAAGGUCUCACUCCUCCAGCCACACCUCCUCAUCAGGUCUGGAAGCCUUUAGUACCUUCUCCUCGAGCAAAACCACACAAAUCUCCAAGCAAAGCCAUACAAAUCAUCGAACCCAAGCCACUGCCGCCUAGCAAGAUUCAUUUCAAACCUCAGCCACCUUCUUCCGUGCCUGCCUCAAGCCUGUCUUCGGCAUGUAUGGACCAUGACUACUGCAGAUCUCAGGACUUAAAGCUCAGCAAUACAAAAGCACUUUCUACUGUUCAUAUGCACAAAACGGAGUCAAGCAAUCGUACAGACCAUAACCCUGUGGAGGACAGGACCUGCCGUGAGACGGAGCGUCUCUCCGGCUCUGUUUUUCUGUCUCCGGAUAGCUCCCCUGGCAGGUUGGAGGGCGGCAGUGCAGGUGAAGUUGGAGAGUCCAAACCACAGAUGUCUGUGCGCUGCUCCACACACUCCCCAAGCCCUUCAGCCAGAGGAAGGCCCAGGAAGAGAUGUUACAGACGGAGCUAUCAGCGUUCAGACUCCAGUUCAGUGUCUUCGUCUCGUUCCUGUUCUACGUCUUUGUCCGAUUCCUCACAGUCACCACCCAGAAAAAGGCACAGAUCGAGGUAUUCUGAGAGAAGCUCAAGCUCCUCGUCUCGCUCCAGUUCUGGCUCUUUGUCCCCCUCUCCGAUCAGAGAACGCAGACGCCGGUUCCGUCAAUCACACACCAGAUCGUUCAGUCGUUCUCGCUCCCGCUCUCCACAGUCGGACUGGAACCAGAGUUGGAGCAGGCGGAAGAGGCAGAUGGAACGCUACUGUCAGAGUAGAUGGGAAGAGGCUCACAGGAUGCAAAAGCAAAGAGCUAUUGACGAGCGUCGGAUUGUGUAUGUUGGAAGAAUACGUGGCUCUAUGACCAAGGAUGAGCUCAGGGAGCGCUUUGCACUGUUCGGGAGGAUUGAGGAUUGUACAGUCCACAUUAGGACUCACGGAGACAACUAUGGGUUUGUUACCUAUUAUAACACAGACGAUGCUUUCGCCGCCAUAGAGAACGGGUCGAAGUUGAGGCAGCCUGAUGAGCUCCCCUUCGAUAUCUGUUUUGGUGGGAGAAGACAGUUCUGCCAGUCAAACUACAUGGAUUUAGAUUCAAACCGUGAAACGGAUCCAGUCUCAGGAAGGUUCAGGAACGCUGCACUUGACUUUGACACCCUGCUUAAGCAGGCCCAGCAAGGCCUGAAAACGUAGCACACUUUGUUCUUUUCAGGAGGAUUGAGGAAACAAUUAAUGUGUGGAGCAUGAUUAACACAAAACAGGAAGUUACCUCAGAAAACCCAAAGCGCUUAACCUCACACUAAAUUUAGCUCAUAUGUAGCUUGUUUGGACAUGAAAGUUAAAACCUUCUAUUGAAGUGCAUUGAUUAUAUAGAGGAGAAACAGUAUAUAAAAACAGAAAAGCAGGAAAAUGUGUUACAAAAUUAUGUUUGGUAUUUUAUGUGUUGUCUUCAAAAUAUGCUGAUGUUUCAUGUGUAAAAAUGUGUUAUCUGCAAAGUAUAAGCUUUUUGUCUGUUGGAAUG